AUGAAACUCAUUGAGGAACUGACAGAGUAUGGGAAAAUAGCAGGUUUAAAUAUGACUAAGACUAAAAUGCUGGUUAAAAAUAUGACAUCAAAAGCAAAAGAGGAGUUAACGAAGAAAUUAUCCAAACUGUCAAAAAAGUCAGAUAUCUUGCUGCAGCGCUCGGACUGGGACUCCCUGCCGGCCUACCUGCACUCCCUCCAGACGCUGCUGCUGAUGGUGCUGAAGCAGGGCUCCGGCCACCCCCAGGGGGACCACGGCCUCUUCCUCCGCUACCACAUCGAGGCCAUCACCAUCCGAGGCAUCAACAGCUUCCGCCAAUACAAGUUUGACAUGGGCGUGAUGGGCGUGACCUUUGAGGGAAUCUUCCGGAAGCUGAACAACCUGCUGGAGCGGCUGCACCAGUCCUACUUCUUCUACCUGCUCCCUUCGCUCUCCCGCUUCGUCUCCAUCGGGCUCUACAUGCCGGCCUUCGGCUUCCUCAUCCUCAUCCUCGUCCUCAAGGCCCUGGACUUGUGGGUGAAGCUAAGCAGCUUUGACAGUGACAGGAGCCAACUCUGCGAUGGAGACCAAGCUUCGAGUCCUGCUCCUGUGGAGGACCAGAGACCCAGCGUGCUGACCCUGAUCCCCCCGCUGCUCAUCUGCCAUGCCACAGGCCUGGCGCUGUACUUUAUGCCCGUCUGGGGGCAGAAGGUGGCCACCGAACACUUCCCGGUCUCUGAGUCGGAGGCUGUGGUGCUCACCAGCAUCGGCAUCUACGUGGCCGGGCUGGCCUUGCCCCACAACACACACAGGGUCUUGAUGGGCUCGGGGAGCAACCAGGGCUGGAUGAUGCUGAAGCUGUUUGCGCUGCUCUACCUGGCCAUGCAGCUCAGCUGCGUCGCCCUCAUCAACUUCUCCCUGGGGUUCCUGCUGACGGUCACCAUGGCGCCCGUGGUGGCGAUUGUGCAGCCCACAGGGCCCAGGUACCUGUACGCGGGGCUGCUGCUGCUGGUCACCCCGGCCGUCACUCUCCUCCUCUGCAUCUUCCUGUACCAAGAGCUGAUGGAGUAUCCCAUUUCGCCCCUGGAGGGCUGGCAGCGCUUCCUCCAGGUGAUUGCCGAGGGGCUGCUGGACCACUACCUCUAUGGCUCCAUCGUCUUUCCCUUCGUGGCCAUCUUCGUGUACCCCUGCUGGCUGCUCUUCUGGAACGUGCUCUUCUGGAAGUAGCUCCCCUCCCCCGGGCACUGCCAACCGGAGGCCAGCGAGGCCUUGAAGUGGACCAGGGAGGGGGAGCCCGGGGGCCCGUCCUGCACAGCAGCUGCUGGUGACCAGAGAGCUCUCCAAGAGGGCAAGAAGGUGGUGACGUUGAAGGUCUGGCUGGCUGCAGGCUGGGGCCCGCUCUGGACAGGCUGUAGAGGUUGGCUUGGGGCCCAGUGGGGCCCCUGAUUCUCUUGGCCUUUGCUGUGGUUGCAAUGAAGCCAGAAAGACUGUCCGGAGGGCAGGGAGGGAGGGGGGAGCUGUGGUUUGCCUGGAAAAGAUUUUGACAAAAUAAACACUUUGGAAGUUGU